UGCUCCUGCUUGCCAUGAUGCUGCGGCCAUGGCCAUCUUGCCCUGAGGUAGCCCUGCGCUAGAUAAAGCAGAGUUUCCCGUUUCUUUUUAAACUCGCCAUGUGCUUUUUGCCCAACUGUGAGGGAAGAUGAAGCAACCCUUGUGAGACAGAAUUCAAGCAUGCAGAGCGCUGGAGUUUUCAGCGAAGGUAUUGCCAGACUUCUGAAGCGGCUGACCCAAGUGACUGAUCUUGGAACACAGGUGUGUAAUGUCAGCCUCAUGGGCAGUCCUGCGGCCGUCCCUGCCGCCUGGGAGUGUCACGCGCUACUAUGAACCUUAGGGAAGAAACGUGCACUUCGGAGCUCAGCAUCGGGACAGGAGAGAGCAGAAGCCACGCAGAGAGAGCAAAUGACCGUUCUGCACGCAAAACUUGGGGCAGUUAACUCUUCCUCCUGAGAAAUAUUAUCUUGGCUGUUGCGAGAGAACUGAAAAAGCAGAACAGGAACAGUGAUUUUCUUGGAGAAAAAGAAACUUUUUUUUUUUAACCUCUUUAAUUUAAGUUUGUCCCUCGUGCCUGGAUUUAAGGCUGUCAACUGCACUGAUCGCCAGCGCCGGACCCUCAAUAUGUGUCAUGUCAUUGUGACGUGUCGCUCGAUGCUGUGGACGCUGCUGAGCAUCGUGGUGGCCUUCGCGGAGCUCAUCGCGUUCAUGAGCGCCGACUGGCUCGUUGGCAAAGCCAAACCCCUGGGCUCCGAGGAGACGGGCAGCGGGGCGGGCGGCGCGCGGGAGCCCUACCGCCCCACGCUCGGCCUCUACGGCCGCUGCACCCGCGUCUCCCACAUGCAGAUCUCUCGGCGGGACACCCUCUGCGGUCCCUACGCCGAAAACUUCAGCGAGAUUGCCAGCGGCUUCUGGCAGGCCACUGCCAUCUUCCUAGCCAUGGGCAUCAUGAUUCUCUGCGCCGUGGCCUUCGUGUCCGUCUUCACCAUGUGCGUGCAGAGCAUCAUGAAGAAAAGUAUCUUUAACGUCUGCGGGCUGCUACAAGGGAUUGCAGGCCUCUUCCUUAUCUUAGGCUUGAUACUUUACCCUGCGGGUUGGGGGUGCCAGAAGGCCGUGAGCUACUGCGGACACUACGCGGCUGCCUACCAGCUGGGCGACUGCUCGCUGGGCUGGGCCUUCUACACGGCCAUCGGCGGCACCGCGCUCACCUUCAUCUGCGCCGUGUUCUCGGCGCAAGCGGAGAUCGCCACGUCCAGCGACAAGGUGCAGGAAGAGAUAGAGGAAGGGAAAAGCCUCAUCUGCCUCCUCUGAGGGGAGCGGGGCGAGCGCCAGCGCCUGGAUCUUCGUCCGCUGGCUGGGGACUUGGGAGCGCAGCCGCUUCCCUGGGUCGCUGAGCCCUGCGCCGCAGCCCCCACCUCCUGACACGGCUUUUCUUCCUUGCCGGGCAAUGAGGAGCAGCGAGAGGAUCCCAAGAAAAGAGGAUGUAAAUACUUGGGAAUGCUUUAGUUUCAUUAUAUUAUCAGGAGUAAGCGGAUAUAUAUUAAUCAGAUGGGGGGGGGUGGUGCUGAUGAAACACUUGUAUAUAGAAGGAAUGUUGUUAUAUAACCGACAAAUCCUGGUUGAUCCGAUUGCGUUACCCACCUGGGUAGCUCUGAAGAAUUAGGGUUUAACAUAAAAAAGCCAGCAUUUUUUUUUUCUGAUGUAAAGAAGGAGAAGCCUAUUCUAAUCAGGUUGUGUUCCCAAGGGCUGCCCUCUCCUGGGACUGUUCCACCACCACCUGCUUUGGUGCAGUACUUUUCAUUGAGGUGCUUUUUUGAAACGGACCUUCCUUGCAGUGCAGUGCCUUGCUGAGUAAGUAUCUAUGGAAAAGAGACGCUGAUGUGCCGCUGUUUAGACCCGUCUGUAAGGAGGAGCCGAGUUCAUCCCGCCGCGUUCCCUCGCCGUGAGCCUUGCCACGCACAGCGCGUGCUGCUCACUCGUUACGCCGCAGGUAGAAGGGUUCGGGUUGCGUGACCAGGCAGAGAAGCUGCUGCUGGACCGGCCCGUGCCUCAGGGGGGAUGCAACCUUACAGCGUUCUUCCUUGAGCACAUGCCGGGCCAAAGGUUUGUGGAGCAGCUGGGCCCUGGUGAGCGAUGCCCGGAACCCCGAGCAGGUCACUCCAGAGCACAGCUGGGCCCUGCCUCGCGUGGGCUGAGACUUCAGCUGCCUUGACAAAUGAGGGCCACACGUAGCACUUGAGCAGCAGCAGUCUCGCCUUUGCCAGGGAAUCCUCAUUCCUGGUCUACAGACCCAUGUGUCCCACUGCCAGCUGUUUAAUACAUUUACAUCUUUCAGGAAGCCAAGCCAAAUUCUGAAUGGCUGGGAAGAGCUUUUCCUGUUUUGUAACCACAUGCAGUAUGGACUGGUUUCCAGCUACAUCAGCAGCACUAAAACACAGCUGGCCACGACAACAUCCCUUCGUCAAAGGCAGGCGGUUGUUACCGCUCCCGGUGUCUCAUCACUUACCAAAGAUGCCUUGGCAAACAACUAUAAAAGGUGUUAACAAACAAAAGGAAUGGGGCAACUGUGGCAGAGAAGCACAGAGGAGAAUGUAGCUGACGAGGGAGCCUAAUGAAAUACUAAGUGCGUCUUAGACCCUGUCUUGUAACGUUUAGCCCUGCCCGAUGCCAGUGGUGCCUGUGCUGCUGCUCACUCUGCAAUAUGGAGCAUAAAUUCAGCUUCAGUGCCUGGUCAGUGUGUCCCCAGGCUACGUGCAGCUAUUCCAAGAGGUGUUGCUGCUCAGGCAGAUAGUUUCUGGGGCUGUUGCUGCUCACAGGCUCCCGCCGCUGCUGGAGGGCUGCCGCAAGCUAAGGGAGGUCCAUGCCGGAGGUACUAAAAAAGGGAGAGCUUUAAUCUCUGCUUGCAUUAACCUGUUUCUCUAGCUUACUUGCACCCUAGUCUAGAUUUUAAAAUGGGUAAAUCACUUAUUUUUCAAUAUUUAAUUUUUUUAAGAAGCCCAAAGCCGUGGUCUGGAGCCAGCCCCGCGAGCAGCUGCCUGUUAGCCAGUGCUCGGCACGGAGUGGUGUGGAGGGCAGGGGCACAGCCCGAGCGCGCUGCACCCAGCGCGGCCUCCGUGUCCCGGCACGGCCCAGCUGGGUGGGAGGGCAGCAGCUGCCGGGAAUGGGAGCGCGGCCGGGGCAGCCUCCCCGGGCGGGCAGCGACGCAGCCGUGCAGCAUCGCCACUGCUGCUGGGGAAGCCUGACGCGCUGCCGUGAGACCCGGUCACGUGGGCAGCGCGAGCAAGCGCCAGGGGCACACACUGCUGCGCUGUGAGGGAAACCACGAACAACAACUGUAUAUACAGAGCUACAUGGAUGCACACCACUAGAUGACCUCUGUUAUGAUCACCAGAAACCUUAAAAAUUUAAUAUUAAUAUUUAAUAUUGGAGCUGCCAAGUACAAAGGGAAGUAUUUUCAGCAGAUAUUUUGCUUUUGUUUGCCUUAGUAGCCAGGAACCAGCACUUCGCUUGUUGCUGGUGUUACUGUCAACUCACUCGGCCAGAGCGUCACCAACCCCGCUGCGGGAACAGCCCUGCUCAGCACCGGCCCGCCUAGAGCAGGGGCUGGCAGCAAAGGCAGAAUCAAGGCGGAAUUUCUGUUCUCAGGGUCCUAUUCUUCUAGCAAGCGAUA